UGCUGGAACAGUGCACAUCUCCAGAUACGACAUGCGAUCCACCGCCUUUUGGUUGUGUGUAGCGGCCAUCGUGUCUGUCAGAGACGCUGCAGCAGGUAUAUCGAGGAAGGUGUCUUGCUUUAAGCCUGUCCCUCCAUCUUCUACCACUGCAACAUCUGCUACCUCUACGACGACAACGAACCAGCCAUCCUUCAAUAUCGACUUACUCUCAACACUUCCAUGGGGAAACGAUACCUUGCAGAAUGGUACCAACGACUCGGGCGAUUUGGGGCAACCAGACCAAGAGACUCCACAACCCUUCGGACCCUACGUUUACCGGGGGCCUCAAGGCGGGGUGGCGACUAGGCGCGGUUACAUAGAACCAGACGAGGAAUGGUGGGACGAGGAACCGGAAGACUGGGCACCGAGGAAUCGUGGUAACAAUUUUAGGUCUGAAGGCAACAACAACGGUUGGACAAAUAACAGACAGGGGGGAAUGGGUAACCGGGGCUGGUAUAGGGAGCCUGAUGAGGAAGAAGAGGAGAUUGAGGAAGAAGAGGAGGAGGGACCUCGCUCUGGACGCUCUAGGAAUCCUUGGUCAGGAAAUAGAAACUGGGGUGGACCAGUAAAUGCAGUGAAUGCUAGGUCGGCGUUUGGUCUGAGCAGGACACCAACGAAUGGCUGGACCGGAAAUAACAUGUGGAGAGGACAAGAGUCGGACCGGAAACGGAGGCAAGUGGCCGUUGUAUCGGGUAAUGUGUCAUGUGACCCUUUACAUAAGAUCAGAAUUGUCAAGGUGACAGCAGGCUACUCUCAUGACGGCGUGUGUGACAGCAGACGUCCAAGAUGUCGGAGGGAUGCUACUUUAGAUGAACAGGUGGCGCUUUGUGAUGGCGCUCAGUCAUGUGACCUCAGCUAUGAACAGACGCCAUUCGCAGAAUGUCCUCGACCAAUUAAUUUCGUCACCGUUGAAUAUGAUUGUUUGCCAGAUGACUCCACAUUUGGCAUAUGUGACCUGACUAUUACAAGUAAAAAUGGCCCUGUCAUAGUUACCUCACCUGGCUAUCCAGGAGGCACUUCCGGGAGGGCGGGAGAAUUCAUGACAUGUGAGUGCGUCCUGAGGACGGAGCCCAACUCCUCCAUCACCAUCUCGGCCCUGACAACUAGCAUGGCAGGCAACGAGACUCUCUGUACUGAGGAUAUGCUUCUUAUGGAGAUGAAGACCCACCCCGAGGCCAAAAAGUUCAAAGUCGUGGGGGAACUGUGUGGAAAGACUCGACGGGAUGCCCAACCUCUCGCCAGCAACGUCCUCCGCAUGACCUACCUUACUGAGAUUCCAGCAGUGGCCGAUAGGACUGGCUUCCGCGGCAUAUUCGAAGCCCAUGGACCCAACGCGACCAGAGCUGCUCUGCUGAUGACCUGCCGCGACAUCAGUUCAGUCCCGGCCAUCACAGAACAGGGGACGCAACCCAGCAACGCACAAAGUGCAAGAAAUCCCGUAACAACAUCAUCCCCCACAGUGGAGAAGACGACAGCAUCCAUAGCUUCUGCUGGUGGUGUGGGUGCCGUCAUGGGAGGGGCGGGGAGCGACCCGGUAAAGGAGGAUUCGGGUGCUAUACCAGGUACGUGA